GAACCAAAUGCUGAUGAUACGAUGGAAUUUCUUAAGAAAUUGCACAGCAUGGAAAAAGAAAUCAAAGACGAACUCACUGUAUCUACAAAGCCGAAUGGUGAUGUGUUGAAAGCUAUGAAGGAUUACGCAGAAAUCAAACAAACUAACAUAGAACCAGUAGGCGAUACAAUCGCAAGAGUCAAUAGAGAGAGUAGAGUCGACAUGGCGCUGUUCCAAGGAGACAUUAUUUUAACGAAAGAGCAAGCCGACGAGAUCAUUGAAGACAUCAAAGAGAACAAAGGUGGUCGCGUCAAACGGCAAGCGUUUCGUGACGAAAAGUAUCCUAAAUAUUUGUGGUCCAAUGGAGUCAAUUUCGCAUUUUACAAUGCAAGUUUGUCUCUUAUGCUUCUUUUCACUGCGUCAUACUCACAUAAAAGAGAUACUACGUCUUUUCACAACCAAGUUCAGCUAGUGUGGCGAAGAGAGUGUUUAAAAGAGCAGCCGCAAUGUGGUCCUGGGAUACUUGCAUCAACUUCGGAGAGACCGAUAGGGUCUUUCACUUUCAAUCACGUGCCAAUAGUCGGACUUACAGCUAGAGAUAAAAUCCUCGUUGUGAAAGGUGAAGGAUGUUGGUCACACGUUGGACGAAAUGGUGGAACUCAGGCUCUCUCAUUAGGGGCUCGAUGUGAAUCGGUACGAAUAGCAGAGAAUUUCUUCACAUUUAUACAAACCGAAAAAACCAACUAUAAUUAUAAUCUGACCUACGAUUAUGGAAGUCUUAUGCAUUAUGGAGCAACAAUGUUAACGCACUUUCUAAUGAUUCAAUGCAAAAUAACAGCAAAGAAGAACCAAUAUUCCAAUUACAGUGUCUCAAAGAACCACGAGCCCUACAUUGUUCCACAUGACAUCAAAUUUAUGCAAACUCUUGGGUCGCCCUUUAUUUCAUUCUACGAUAAACUAAUGGUCAAUAUGCAUUAUAAAUGCCUUGACGCAUGCAAGGCAAGGUCCACAGCAAAGUGCGAAAAUGACGGUUACCCCCAUCCAAGAUACUGCACGUGGUGCAUUUGCCCUAGCGGAUAUGGCGGAGAUACCUGCAAUGAAAGACCACCUGGAUGCGGUAAGGUACUGACAGCAACGGAAUCCUACCAAGAACUUUCGGACACAGUGGGAAAAUCGAAUUAUGACCCCAACGCUGACAACGAUGAAUUUGAAACAUGCAACUAUUGGAUCAAGGCACCGGAUGGCUCAAAAAUUGAAGUGGUCUUUCAAAACUACACCGAAAAUUUAAGUUGCGACGGAUGUGUAGUGGCAGGUGUAGAGGUCAAGACAUUAGCAGAUAAACGCCACACUGGUUAUAGAUUUUGCUCUUCGAAGUACAGCGGAACAACUUUGGUCUCUGCGUACAGCAUGGUCCCAAUAAUUACUUACAGCCGUGUUCACAAAGCUACUGCCAUCUUGCGCUAUCGAAUAGCUUCCACUGGUCCAGCGACAUCUGAGCCAAUAUCUGAGCAGACACCUCAGCCAACACCUCAACCAACACUUCAACCAUCGUCUCAGGAAACACCUCGUCCGACAGGCCCGCCCAAGAAAGGUUGCAAAGACCAUUUCCUGUGCACGAUGUUAGAGGAUCUCGGUUUCUGCAGUUCCUCUGAUUACAAGCUGAAAUUCAAGGAAAAACCAUAUGGGUGCGGCGAAACAUCAAAAGUAACAGAAUGGUACCAAACCCUCAACUACACCGUUGGCUGGUGGGAUUAUCAUCCCGAUAAAAACAAUGACUUUUACACCCUAUGGUUCAAGGUACCUGCUGGUUCGACGAUUGAAGUGGUCUUUGAUAAUUACACCAAAAAUUUGGCUCUUGACGGAUGCGUCUACGCUGGUGUUGAAAUUAAAACAUAG